AUGCCAGACAAGAAGGAGACUCUGGAAGAACGGAAAAAGAGGUAUUUCCUUCAGGAAGACGCCAAAACAGAACGGCUGAAAGAUGUCAAAGACAGCACUAAGAGGUUCAAGUACCUGUUGAACCUUACACAUCUGUUCCGGCACUUCAUUGAUUUGAACGCGUCCAAGGACAAACAACUGAUGAAUCUGAUUCGCCAGAUUGACUCGCAGAAAGGCAGCGGGAAACCGAACAAAAAGGCCUCCUCGGGACGAAGACGCAAAUCGGAGAAAGAAGAGGAUGCAGAGCUCAUCCACGAUGAGGAAUACGAGGAAGAAACCACCGUUCUGACCGAAUCGCCAAGCUACAUUCAUGGAAAACUACGUGAUUACCAAAUUCAAGGCCUAAACUGGCUCAUAUCGCUGUAUGAAAAUCGACUUUCUGGGAUUCUCGCCGAUGAGAUGGGACUGGGAAAAACACUGCAGACGAUUUCGUUCCUGGGAUUUUUACGCUAUUAUAAGGGAAUUGAUGGCCCAUUUAUUGUUGUGGUCCCAAAAUCGACUCUAGAUAAUUGGAGACGAGAAUUUGCCAGAUGGACACCCGAUGUCAACGUGCUUGUUCUUCAAGGAACGAAAGAAGAGCGUGCAGAGCUCAUAAAUGAUAGACUGAUGCAGGCUGAUUUCGAUGUCUGCAUCACCUCCUUUGAGAUGGUCAUCAGAGAAAAGUCAAAACUUGGCAAACUUAGAUGGGAAUACAUCGUUAUUGACGAGGCCCAUAGAAUCAAAAAUGAGGAAAGCGCGUUGUCCCAGAUCAUUCGUGUAUUCUACUCAAAGCAUAGACUAUUAAUAACGGGUACGCCAUUGCAGAACAAUCUGCACGAGCUUUGGGCGCUAUUGAACUUUAUAUUGCCGGAUGUUUUUGGCGACGACGAGGUUUUCAACGAAUGGUUUGAAAGCCAGGGAGAGGAAGAUCAAGACCAAGUUGUGCAAAAACUGCACAAAGUUCUAUCUCCUUUCCUCUUGCGGAGAGUGAAGAGCGAUGUGGAAAAAUCGCUGCUACCGAAAAUAGAGACCAAUGUGUAUGUCGGCAUGACUGACAUGCAAAUCAAAUGGUAUAGAAACUUGCUCGAAAAGGAUAUUGAUGCCGUCAAUGGUGCCAUCGGAAAGAGAGAAGGGAAGACUAGGUUACUCAACAUUGUGAUGCAGCUGCGUAAGUGCUGCAACCAUCCAUAUUUGUUUGAAGGUGCCGAGCCGGGUCCACCUUACACAACAGAUGAGCAUCUGGUUUACAACAGUGGUAAGAUGAUCGUGCUUGAUAAGUUGCUCAAGAAGUUACAAAGCGAGGGCUCUAGGGUCCUGAUUUUUUCUCAAAUGAGCAGAUUGCUGGAUAUCUUAGAGGAUUAUUGUUAUCUCAGAGGUUACGAGUAUUGUCGAAUUGACGGAUCCACUGCACACGAGGAGCGUAUCCAGUCAAUCGAUGAUUUCAACAAGCCAAAUUCUGACAAGUUCAUUUUUCUGCUGACGACAAGGGCUGGUGGUUUGGGCAUCAAUCUGACCACCGCUGAUGCUGUUGUUCUUUAUGAUUCUGAUUGGAAUCCUCAGGCAGAUUUGCAGGCUAUGGACAGAGCUCACAGAAUUGGACAGAAAAAGCAAGUCAAGGUGUUCCGUUUUGUAACCGAGAAUGCUAUAGAGGAGAAAGUCUUAGAAAGGGCAGCACAGAAGCUGCGUCUGGAUCAGCUGGUGAUCCAGCAGGGUCGUGCUAAUAAUAAGGCCACUUCGCAAACUAUCGGCAACACUAAGGAUGAUCUGCUCGGAAUGAUUCAGCACGGUGCGGAGGACGUUUUCAAGAAUAAGGUGAACUCUGCAGGCUUAGACACCGAUAUUGAAGCCAUUCUGAAUAAAGGAAAACAAAAGACAGAGAGCUUGAAUCACAAGUAUGCAAAGCUUGGGUUAGACGACUUGCAAAAUUUCACCUCUGACUCGUCGGCCUAUGAAUGGAAUGGAGAGAACUUUGCUAAGAAGGAGCACUCUACUAUUAAUUUGUGGGUGAACCCAAGCAGGAGACAAAGAAAAGAGCAUCAGUACUCCAUCGAUAACUAUUACAAGGAUGUGUUGCAAAACGGUCGCCCGUCCCCCUAUAAAGGACCUAAGCAAUACAACAUCCAAGACUUCCAGUUUUAUCCUCCUCAGUUGAAAGACUUGUUGGAAAAAGAGCAGCUUGCUUAUAAGAAGAAGAUUGGCUACCAAGCCCCUCUUUUGGAUGGAUUGGACAGCGAAGAUGAGUUUGUGGCUAGUGAUGACGAAACAAAGACUGACCAGCGUGAGCGCGUGGAAAAAGGUAAGCAAAGGCAGCGAGAAGAACAACAAAAGAUAGAUACUGCCGAAGAGCUAACCGAAGAAGAGCAGAAGCAGAAGGAAGAGCUGUUAACUCAAGGGUUUGCGAACUGGAAUAAGCGGGACUUCCUGUCAUUUGUUCAUAGCUGUGCAAGGCAUGGAUCCAAAAGCUACGCGGCCAUUGCAGCAGAUUUGCGAACCAAAUCUGUGGACGAUGUCAAGGCUUACAGUGAAGUUUUUUGGCAACGCUACAAGGAAAUUGACGGAUGGGAAAAAUAUGUCAACCAAAUUGAGCAGGGAGAGAAGAAAAUACAGAAAGUUUUGAUGCAGCAGGAGAUUCUUUCCGAGAAAGUUGGACAGUACGAUGCCCCACUGCAAGAAAUGAACAUAAUUUAUCCUCCAAACAAUUCGAAAAGACUUUAUACAGAAACAGAGGACCGCUUUUUGUUGAUGAAAGUCAACGAAUAUGGACUGAGCAGGAAGAAUUUGUAUGAUCUGAUCAAGGCUGACAUCAUGAGAGAAAAUGAAUUCCGGUGCGCGUUUUAUUUCAAGUCCAGAUCAAGCAUCGAACUCAGCAGAAGGGUUGCAACGUUACUUUUGGCCAUCACAAGGGAGGCCGAAAAUCCUGCUUCGUUGAAACGCAAACCUGCUCACAAAAAGGUGGCUAGUGUUGAAACCGACAGCCGCCAGGUGUCAAUCGAACCGGCAGACUCAGAGGAGCGAGACCUAAAGAAGGCCAAAAAAUAG